AUGUCAUACACCAUCGUUAGGUCUAAUAAGAUUAUGCCGUUAACACUUGAAGAUCUUCCAAAUGAAUUAUAUGUCUUUUUAUUUAACUAUUUGAAAUCUUCUGACAUUUUUCGAUUAUUUUCUGGUUUGAAUUAUCGAUUCAAUCAACUUAUCCGUCGCUACUUACGCCAUAUAGAUUUAUCUCGAUUGUCAGAUAUACAACUGACGAAUUAUUUACCUUUGCUAGAUGCCGAAUCUGUUCACGCAUUAAAACUCAAUGAUAAUUAUAUUGAGCAUAUAUUUCUAUAUCGAAAUUUGAAUCAUGUUACACUCGUCAAUAUUAUUAACGAAAAAUCAAAAUGGUCACAAUUUGUGGCAGUUUUAAAACAAUUUGACUAUUUGAAAAUGAUAUUUGUCUGGGACUUAUGCGAUGAUACGGAUGAAAAGUGUUCAUCAAUCAUUUGUUCAAAUUUAUUUCAUCAUAGUUGCUCUUUAAAAGAAUUACAUUUAGAACAUAUUUAUUUGACAAUUAAUGAAAAUCGCAUUCAACCGUGUUUAUUACUAAAACGAUUAUUAAUCGGUGUUCGAUCAGAUAAGGAUUUGCAUAUAUUAAUGAAUAAUUUACCUUUGAUUGAAUAUCUCAAAGUCAACUUAGAAUAUGGGAUACAUCAUCAAGCACAUCACAUAUCAAGUAUUCGUCGUAUAAUGACAAAAUUAAAAACUUUUCAUAUUGAAUCGUUAGAAUACUGUGUACGCUCUGAUAGUUUAAAAUUGAUAUUAGACAGAUGUCCAUUUGUUGAACAAUUAUUUUUGAACAUUAUGCUAGGAGAUAGACAUAUUAAUUGUAGACAAAUACAAGAUGAACUACUAUCUCUACUCGUUAAUUUAAAAGAAUUCCAUUUUUAUAUUUCUUUUGUAGCAUUAAUCGAUCAACAUAAUCUUGAAACAUAUUUUUCUAGUUUUAAUCGUCCAAUAUUUGCAUAUAAACAACAUUGUUUAUUUUCACUUCCCUAUGCAUUUGAACAAUUGGAUUUAGUGGAAAAUAGUAUUGUUAAUUGUCGAACAACUGCUAAUGACUUAUGUCUCUAUUCGAGACAACAUCAUUUAAAAAAAAUUGUACUCGGUGGUAAAACAGCUUAUUCAUUAAAAUUAUUUGCAUUUAUUCGAGAUAUGUUUCCAAAUGUUCAAAUAUUAGAAUUUACUCGAUACUGUUAUUUAGAAAUUGAUUUAUUAAAUGAUACAAAUCUUGUAUUCAAUUGUCUACACACUUUAGUAUUACCGUGUGUUUAUCAAACUACUUUUGCUGAUGUGAAACGUUUAUUAUUAUUGACACCAAAUUUAGACACAAUCAAUAUCUACUAUGAUCUAUUGUUGAGAAUAAAAUCUCAAUUGGAAGAUGAUGUGGAGUUAUAUCCAUUGUGUCAACAACUUCGACAGUUAAUUGUUUUUAGUGGUUUUGUGGACAAACCGUUUCUUCAUCAACAAAUUCAAUCCCUAUUUCCAAAAGCAUCAGUUUCUUAUACCUAG